AUGUUUAGAAGAAGAACAACUGCACCAGAAAUGGAACAGGCGGACCCGACAGCAGUGGCAGCUGCAGCAAGUAUCGGUAAAUUAUUAAUGAAGAAGGGUAAUCAAUCUGAUAACGAACAAAGGCCGACCUAUCGAUCCGCUUCGAUGACAAACUUAAGAAAACCUUCUGCCCCCAAAAGAAUGUCUUCUAUUUCUAGUAUAUCAUCGGAAUCUAGAAGGAGCGAUGGUAAAGGUCGUCCCGGGAAAAUAAACAGCCUUACCCAACGGUCAUCAAUGGGGAAGGGAGAUUCAUUAAAUUCUCCUUUAACGAAGGAACCGCAGCACAAAACUAGGUCUCACAAUAGAACUUCGAGUCUCCCUAACCAGAGAGGUCAGCAAAGCAGAAACAGUUCUGGUUUACAACGUCAAAAGUCCAAAACACACCAAAGAAUAAGCUAUGAUGAGGCUCAACGUACGUUCAAGGAUUUUGGCGGACCACAGGCCAGAGGAAUUUUAACGGGACAACACCGUACUGAAAAUCCUAGCGGGUCUAUUCCUUUGAGGACUACGCGAAAGUAUAUUCCUGGGCCCAACGGGCUGGUUGCAAUUGAGGUCCCCGUUGAAAAACCAAGCAAUGCCAAUACUUCUAAAUUGCUAAGGCGUUCCAACUCUGCCCACAGUGCCUUGAAUGCAAGAAAUGGUUCACUUUUAAGAAAAAAAGUAUCGCAGGAAUCUUUACAUUCUCAACCAAAGAAGACUUCGUCUUUAGGGAAUACAUCAAGUACACAAGCAAAAAAAGGCCAAAAGGCGGUUCAGGAGAGAAAUCUUGCCAAGAAACAUCCAAUAAAUUCAAAUGUUCCUCUCAUUGAAACACAAGUUCGUGAAGAAACAGACCAAGAGUUGAAACUUGAUAAUUCUAACUCUUCCGAAUCCGAAACAGUAGUCAAUAGCGAAAAUAAUCUAGAAAAACCUUCUUCACUAAACAUUGAAAAAGAUGAUCUAAGCAAACUAAUACAUGAAAACAUUGAGUUAGAAAGUUUUAUUGAAGAAAAAGGGAAGGAAAAACCUUUAAAUUCUGAUCAAGAAGAUGUUUUCAUAAGCGAAAAAACUGUAAAAGGCGAUGUACAAUGGCCAAAAAAUAACCGUCAAGCAUCUACUCUUGAGAAAACUUUUAAUUACGACAACGAAGAGAAGAGGGAGGGGAAUAAACCAGUAGCAGAACAUCCUCUUCCGGAGGCCGAAGUGGAUGACAAGUCGGUUGAACAACUGAACAACAUUUCUUCUAGCGGCAGUUAUUCGGCCCAAGGAUCAGUUGAAAACUCCAAACCAGAAAAUGGCAAUAAAAAUCUAGAGAAUGACACAACAUCGUCUCCCACACAAGACCUUGAUGAAAAAUCCCGCUCAAUAGAAGAGAAGGAUACCUUGGAAGGGACCGAGAGUUCAAAAAAAGUUGAAAAGCCAGACAAUUGUUGUGAGAAAAUUUCUGGUGCUAAUACUUCUUCCAAAAAAGGGAAUGUUGGCGAUACUAAGGAUGAAUUCUUCGAUACAGUAGAAGAAAGCGAUCAGAAAACGAGCAAGUCGAAUUCCUCCAAGAACACCGAUCAUUCUAAUCAAACAGAACCAACGCCUUCUUUGGCUCAGUAUUUAAGGACCUCAAAUACCUACCUUUCUCGAAAAAACCAAUCGAAACAAGCUGAGCAAGAAAAGUUUCACAAGCCUGAAGCUCCUAUGGUUCCUGUAACGAAAGUAGUUACACCAAUCAAAUCUGCUCUUAAAAAAUCGUCAGGAUCGUCCAACCAUGACUCAUCCAUGUACUCUGAUAACUCUCCCGCCAAUGGCGCAUACCUGUCUCUUACGACUGCUGAAAAUACGAGAUUAAAUGCUCAAAUGACGAUGUCCGACAGCGUAUCACGCAGAGCAAGUUUAAAACGAUCUUCUAUAAAAAGACCUCAGUCAGUAGGCCAGUUCAGAAGCAUCAGAUCAAAUUCGCCUUCUCCCCCAGAGAAAAUAAACAAUAAACGCCAUUCUGCUAUACCCCUAGGAACCCCAGAGAAGGGUAAACCAAAAAGAAAUUCGGUUAUGGCUUCUCUGUCUAAAAAUUCGCAGCAAAUUCAAGAGCCCGCAAGUGUAUAUGAGUCAAAUGGCCCAAAUAAACCUAAAAACCAAAUCAAUAAGAAUAUAAAGAGAGGAUCACAGAUCGCGCAAAACAAUAAACCUUCAACGAAGGACAUGAAUAGUAUUUUGUACCCCAAAGAACCACCUCCUCGCAAAUCUAGUUUUGAGAAGACGAGAAGCAAUGAAUCCCAUCUCGGAUUUAAAAAGCUUUCUUUGAGAAAUGGUAAUUUUGAGGAGGCAUUGAGUGAAAGCUAUAAUGGGCAAGCUAGCCAGAAUAGCACAAAUGUGAAUCGAACCGAUACAGCACAGGAGUUUUUCAAAUAUUUGGGUCAUUCAUCAAGAUUUGCGGAUUCAGACUCAGAAGAUGAGUCCCAAUUUUUCAACCAAGGCCCAUCAAAAUACAACACAGAAACAGAAGGCAAUAAAACCAGCGGUAACAAAAAUAGUAAUGGUGGUAACGGUGCUUUUUCGCUUUUCAAGAGCAAAAGUAAGCAAAAGGAAAAUAAUGUGGUUUCCCCUGGAGUCUCAAGUCCUAAUCAUACUACCACCGAUCCUGCCAUUACAAGUAAAAAGGUGGACAAGAAAUUCAGCGGGUUAUCUUUAAGAGCUGCCAGUGAAGCUGAACCUGCAAAAAAUUCAAACCCUUCGAUGACCAAUAGGUUACGCUUCUCUAGUAAUCCAGAGAACGGCGAAAGCAGGCUCCCACAAGCACAGGAAGUCAGCGUUACAAAAGAAAAGAAGGGUAGUUUCGGCAAAAAACUGAAAAAAAUCUUUGGUAGAAAGAAAUAG